AUGCAAUCCCCUAUAGCCACGGAACGAUUACUGGCGACGACAGAUCACCUUAUCAGAUCGCAGCAGAACCUAAGCGAUCGUCAACAGCCAUGGAUCCACCCUCGAUUAAUCCAGAGCGUGGACCCGAUCAAGGGCCGCCAGCUCCGAGUGUCCCAACCCGUGCGAAAGGGAGAAUUAUUGCUUGUGGACCUGCCCUAUGCGCUCAUCCCGGUCGUGGAUCACCCGGACCAAAGUGAAGACAUCCGCUGUAGCAAUCCUGCUUGUCAUAGACGUGUUGCUCGGACCGUAGAGCGCGUAUCUUGCCCGACCCGAUGCUCGGCCGAUGCGGUCUGGUGCAACGCAUCGUGUCGGGAAGCCGACAAUCUCCGCCAUGGGGUUGAAUGCACCUGGUUAAAGAAAUACGCGACCUCCAUACGCUCGAAAUGGGGCGAGUAUGACUUCGGCAUGCUGUGGCUCAUCGUGCGCAUCCUUGCCAACCGGCAUGUGGAAUUUCACAACACACCCUCAAGCGACAAAACUGGUCCCGACCCCAGUUCUUUCGAGACGGGUUGGAAUGCGAUCCAAUCGUUCUGCGGGUCGCAAGAGACCUGGGCUCACUCCCAAGUGCGACAUUGGGCCCUGUUGGUCAAAAAGUAUCUGGGAAACAGCCCGUCCCUACCACAUGGCAUGACCUCCGGCGAGGUGCUGGACCUAAUCUGUCAAGAAGAGGCCAAUUCAUUUGGCCUGUAUCCGAGGGAGACCGGAGCGUUUCCACUCCCGGAGCCUGCAGUCGAUCGCGGAGAGCAGUUCGGGGCUGGAGUAUACCCGACUGCAGCUCUGGCGAAUCACUCUUGCUCUCCGAAUAUAAUGCAUAAGCCGGAUAAUCAAAGUCGAAUGGUCUUUGUCGCUUCAAAGGACAUAGCCACCGGCGAGGAGUGCUGUAUAUCGUACUUCGAUCUGUCGAAGAAGGUCGAGCUCCAAGAUCGAAGGGAGCAUCUUCAAGGGUCGUUCCGCUUUGUUUGCAAGUGCAAUAGAUGUGUCUCGGAGGAACCUCCUCAGGAGGAGGUGCAAUGGGACGAGUUUCCGUCUAUGGAGGAUUUCUAG